CGCCGCCGCCGCUCCCGCGCCGCGGGCCCUCGACGGCGCGUCCGCAGCCCCCCCGUGCCCUGCGGCUGUCGCUGAUAGAGCUGUCGGGGCGGGGGGCAGCCCCUCUCUGCCGUGCACGGCGGGUGGGGAAGGUGAGGCUCGCCGUGGGGCGAGAACUCUCGGGCGAGACCCCGCGACCGACCCCCGGCCCACGCAGGUGCCUCCCGCCGGCGGGGGGAGGGUGGGCCUUGGCGGGUGCACCUGCUCCGCUCCCUGCGUGGCGUGCGGGCUGCAGCGGCUGCAGCCCUCGGGGGCAAACAACCCCCGCUGGCAAUAGAAAGGGAACUCGGAGGGGCCCGGGGCUGGACUGCGGUUGCCUGCCCGCAGGGGAUUUCUGCUAUAGUUCCCCUUGCUGCCGCCCGGCGUGGAUGCUGCCUGCCGCCGCGGCGGCGGGAGGGGCGGUGGGUGUCCGAUGAGCUCCAGAGAACACAUUUUUUGAUACAGAAAUGAGUCAGGACGUGAAAAAUGGUGAAACAUGCAAAGUUCCCAGGCUGCGCUGCUGCUUGAAAAAUCAUGGCUUUGCAGCGGUUUCGGCGCACUCGCCCUUUCCUCAAAGGCCCGCGGCUCAUCAAUGAGCUGCCGACGGGGCGGGCCGGGCCGGGGCGGGGCCGCGGGGCCGCUCCCGAGCCCGCGGCGCCGCUGCCGGAGGGCUGGAGCGGGCUGCGGGGCGGGCCGGGGCCGUGCGCUGGGCGCAGCCCGCGGCUGCUCCGCACCGCCCCGCCGCGGCGCUUUGCUCCCGAGGGAUCCCGCGUAACGCGAGUCACCGGCUCCGGCACUGCCGGGAUGGACACGCAGCCGGAGCUGCCUCUCCGAGCGGACGCAUCCCUUCUCGGGAUCACACCUCGUGCUAAAUCAGCCGCAGGGAGACAUUGAUCAACAUCCCUUAUUGAUUUUUGCAAAUAUUUCAGUGUUAACUGAGAAAAAUCAAACGUCUUCCCGAUUUGGAUGUAAAUUUGCUGAAUAAAUGCAAAGAAUGUCUAUUAUUGCUCUCAGGAGAGUUGUUAAUAUGCACAGUUUUCUUCUGACAGUUUUUUUUUUGCAAGGCUACAUUUCCAGUGACUGAAGAAACACCUUUUUUCAUCCCAGACUGAAAAAAGAAUCCACUACAUUUGGUUUAUAAGAUUACAUAAAAUUGCAAAUAAAACACUUCUUACUGUGUUCAAAACAGAGAGAGAAAUGACACCUCUGCUCCAGGUUUAAAGGUCAAUCUUCCACAUCUCACUCUGCAUAUAUAAACCCCACUAAAAUCAGUAAGGUGUGUGCAUGCACUCUACAGAUGUUCUUCAUUCUUAAUGUUUAAAAUUUAUCUAGAAACAAGCCACAACUCUACUAUUUUGCUUUAUUUCCCAAACAUCUGUAGCUUGGGGGACUUUUAUGUGUGAGGGUUCUUUAUAAUAUAUUCUUGCCAAAACCCAAAAGAAAAAUCACCCUUCUACAUCUCAACUUAUAUGCCUUAGCAGAUUUUUUCUUACAUUACCCUUCCAAUUUUAUUAAUUAGUGUUGUCUCUGAGCCUAUUUAUAGUAAUUGCAUCACCUGACAGAGUAAUUGUAAACAGUGUAACUGCAUGUUCUGGAGGUUUUUUUCCCCCUUACAUGAAUUAUAUAGGUAAUUUAAUAAAAGUAAUUAUAUAAAUGGUAAAUACAAGUUGAAUUACUUGAUUUCCUGUACCUCCACUACAAACAUAAACCUCAAGAUGAAGUUUAAAAGCAUGUGAAGAAAGUUUAAAGAAUCCUGGUUAAACAUCAAAUCUGUUGAUGUCAAUCAAAUCUGUGUUGUCUUCUUCCUUACUGUUUUCCUGUUGCUAUCUGCUGUUCAGCUGGCAUGGCUUGGGCUGAGAAUUGCCAACGUCAGUUAACUAGGCAUAACCAAAUAGAAAAGGAAUUAUGAAGGAAGUUCAGCUGUGAGAAGAGCAGUAAACCUGAACACCAGGAUUUUCUGAAUGUACAGGAGAUAGUUGCAUACUUUUUUUUAGGCUUUGGAAAAUCUCAGCAGCAGUCUCUACCUACAUGUUCCUAUUUUUUUCUGUGUCACUGCGAGGAAAACAGUGUCUAACAACUUGUAUGAUCACACUUGUUUUUUUCCUAUCAAAAGUCUUAUAAAUUGCCACCUUUCCCUCUGGUGCAAAUAUAUCUUAAAAUUCAAGAAGCAUUUUUAUAAAUAUAUGUUUACGUGUGCUUUUUUUGUUUACUUUCUGCAUUUCUUUUAGCCUGUGUAUCAUAAAACAACAAGGAACUUUCACUUUUUUAGUUUCACUUUUAGACUGUAGUUACGGUAAAGUUUCAAAUGCAAUUGUGGUAUUUUUAUAAUUAAACAUCAGGUGAUUUUUGGUAUUUUGGCCAGAAAUGUUUUUAAUAAAUAUUGUUAACACAUCUGAAGCAAAAUAAAAA